UUUCUACCUGAAUCUCUCAGCUGUCAUGUUCCAAUCCUGUACAGAUUAUCACAUAGAGUCCUACCAUCAUAAAAUUCUCUAGGGUCCUACCAUCAUAAAAAAAUCAGGUAAAAAACAUCGGUUUCGGUGUGCUGUAAAAACCAAGGUGGACAAAGUUGGCAGGAAGCAAGUUGGAAGUCCUUGUCAUGAGUCAUGACACUGAAUAUAUAACUAGGUUCUUUUAAUCCAAUAAUGAUACAAGAGUUAGAAAGGGAAUUUGUCACCAAUUAUGUGUCAAUUUAAUAGCCAUGCAAUUGUACCUUAAUCUAUGCAGCUUAACCAAUGAUUUAUGUUGCAGGGACUUCAUUGACCUAACUUCCCCUCUUUAAAAUGAUAUCCACCACCCACUAAUGGCCAUUUUCAUGACAUCCACUCCCAUGGUUAUUACUUAUUAGUAUUGUUCCUGUUUGCAACAGGCCAUCAUCCAUGGAUUCCUUGAGGUGCUACUCACCUCACACAAUCCUGAUUCCGAAGACGAUUCGGUCCAGGAAUCUGAUCAGAGCCUCCAUGGAUAGCAGCUUCUCAGGUCCUGAAUCCAAGAAGGCUCCCAACUCUGUCAGCUUCACCAGCAAGGUCAACAAGGUCUAUGAAGACAAGAGCAUGGGCAUCCUCUGCUACACCGACGAGAGCGGCGAGCUGAUCUGCGAGGGCUUCGACGAGGGCCCAAGGCUCACCUGGCAAGACAUGGAGAAGAUCAACAGGGAGAAGGAACUGAAGGCUGAAGAAGAUCGUCGGGAGAGGAUGAUGCGGAUCGGCGUCGCGGGGAUCGACUGGAGCAGCCUGCGGACCGCUGUCAGCAAGCCUGUCAGUGUGGGGGAAGAACUGAAGAAGUAAACAAGCUGACAAGCUUAGUGCAGUAGGUUAUUUUCUGAAAUGUUUCAGAUCUUGUAGAAACAAGUUAUGCUUGUUUGUGUGUAUAUAGAGUAUGUAGAUCGAUCUCCAUUGCUGCUGCUUUCUCUGGAAUAAGGAUUAUGCUGUGUUUAGGUAGGAUUAGGAGGAGACAAAGAGGGGCGUGAUGCUGAUCUAGCUGGUCAGCUCCUGGCUUCCAAUUGAUAAAGAGAUCAUGUAAUAUAUUCUGCUUGGAUGAUCGUUCAGCUUAAUGUUAGUUCCAACUUCCAAGUUGAUCAGA